UAAAGUCGUUGCAUCUUCCUUGCUUUGCUCUUAAAAAAGACAAAAUAAACCACCCCAUUUCCCACCCAAGUCUCCAUUUCUCACCCCAUUAACUAAGGGGCUGGCUGAGACAGUACCACUUCUAGGAUGCCCCAAAUUUAGGCCACUCUCACAGCCCCAGAAAGAGAAGUGGCAGCUGGGUGCAGGCCCUCCCAAGUCCCAUGCCCUUCUGCCAGCCUUGAUGGACUCUGCCUGGCUGUGAGAUUGCAUCCACCCCUCCCCCCCACCUUUCUGGGUUUCCCCAGACACCACAGUACCCAUCCCCUCCCUCCCUGCCCCCACUCCCUGCUCCGGCCCUCCUCCACGUUGUGCUCCAGUCCAAUUGGACUCUGGGCAGCCAGCACAGGCAGGGUCAGGGAGUGACUGCCAGCCAUGCCCCGUGGCACUGCCACCUCGACUUGGGCAAGAGGACUCCGUCCUCCCCAGAUCCCCCACCUGUGCCCCGGCUCCCUUGCUAGAACCAAGAGACCAGAGUUCUUCUGGCCCAGAGGCCCGAGGAAUAACCCCUGGGACUCGCAGCUGCCUGGUGGAAACCUCUGUGGCUGUGGUGGCCAGGCAAGCUAGAAAGACGGGAGGCAUGGAGGGAAAUCGUUCUUUCCCACCUGGCUCCUAUGGCGUCCCCUCCCCCAAGUCCCAGACCUUGGGGACCGAGCAUGUGAAAUCAUCCUCUCUCUUGCAUCAUGCGUGUCCACAUUGCCUCCCCCCACCCAUACCCCUACCUCAAGCCCAGUCACCAUGGCCAGAUGGUGAAACCCGAGCUCCAGGGGGGGACCUCCACCCCCUGCAGGGGCCUGAUGGGCAGCAAAGGUGGCCAAUCCUGGGGCUCAGAGCCUAGGUCUGCUGGCUGAAUGCUAGGUGGGGAAGCCCCAGGCUCUAACCUUGGCCAGGAGUAGGUGUGGCACUGGUGUCUGCUGCCGUUGUGCCUUCAUUAGCUCCUGUUCAAUUAGACUCAAAGAAGGAACAACCGCCUGCCCUCCGACACUCCCAACCCAGGGCCAUCCACGAGGAGCAUGGGGCUCUGGCCAGUGCUACUGUGGGCACUGGUGUGGGCACAGGGGGCAGAGUCUGUGUGUCCCUCCUGUGGGGGCCCCACAUUGGCACCUCAGGCAGAACAAGCUUUGGUCCUGGAGCUCGCCAAGCAGCAAAUCCUGGAGGGGCUGCACAUGACCAGUCGUCCCAGAAUAACACAUCCUCCACCCCAGGCAGCGCUGACCAGAGCCCUCCGGAGGCUCCAGCCAGGGAGCAUGGCUCCGGCAACUGGGGAGGAGGUCAUCAGCUUUGCUACAGUCACAGACUCCUUCACUUCAACCUGCAGCCGCAUGCUCACCUUCCACCUGUCCACUCCUCGGUCCCACCACCUGUACCACGCCCGCCUCUGGCUGCACGUGCUCCACACCCUUCCUGGCACCCUGUACUUGAGGAUCUUCCGGUGGCGCCCAAGGAGGAGGCGCCGAGGCACCCUCCUGGCUGAGCACCAGAUGACUACUCCAGGCUGGCACGCCCUGACUCUCCCCUCUAGUGGCUUAAGAGCAGGGGAAUCUGGGAUUCUGAAACUCCAGCUGGACUGCAGACCCCUAGAGGGCAACGGCACAGCUGUCCGACCAGGGCAGUGGCUCGUGGACAUAGCGGGAGAGCAGCGGCCCUUCCUGGAGCUUAAGAUCAGGGCCAGUGAGCCUGGAACAGGCCGGGCCAGGAGGAGGACCCCCACCUGUGAGCCUGCGACCCCCUUAUGUUGUAGGCGAGACCAUUAUGUAGACUUCCAGGAACUGGGCUGGCGGGACUGGAUCCUGCAGCCCGAGGGGUACCAGCUGAAUUACUGCAGUGGGCAGUGCCCUCCCCACCUGGCUGGCAGCCCGGGCAUCGCUGCCUCCUUCCAUUCUGCUGUCUUCAGCCUCCUCAAGGCCAACAACCCUUGGCCCUCUGGUACCUCAUGCUGCGUCCCCACUGCCCGAAGGCCUCUGUCCCUCCUCUACCUCGAUCUUAAUGGCAAUGUGGUCAAGACAGAUGUGCCAGAUAUGGUGGUAGAGGCCUGUGGCUGCAGCUAGCAAGAGGACCUGGGGGGUUGGAGAGAAGAGAUCAAGUCUGGGGUUCCCAGGCAAAGGGUAUCUUGAAUGGAGGCAUCAGAUUCCUGAUACAUUCCCCCACCCAUAGGCCACCUGGCAGCCCAGGAUAACUGUUCAGACUCUUGUCUAUUCCAGGCUGGUUGAUGUGUGGGGAGAUGAGUAAAGUGUUUGCUCUAAAGGAUCUACCCAGAAAGGCUGAUUUCCUAGCCUAAGCCCUCUGAGAUGACAGGGGCUAGGGAGGGAGGGAGGGAAGGAGAAGGCAGAGAAAAGUUACUUAGUCUCUCCCAAGAAGAGACAGUUCUUGGGUGAGGAAAGGAGGAAGAAGGCAAAGGGCCCAGCAGACCCGGGGGCAGGGGAGAAAGGUUGGCCAAGGGUAGGGAUUGUUGAAAUGCUUUAAGGGAGGGUCAAGAGGGAGAAGGGCAAGGGGUUGAGGAAGAGUGUUUAGGAGAGCCCAGAAAUGGGAGUCAGGAGAAAGGGGUGCUGAGCCCCAGAGAAGUUCCCUGGUUUUCACUGUGGGGGGCAGGACCCACUGGGGAAACAAACAUUUAUACUUUCCUAAUAAAAAUGAGAAAAACAAAAAUCAACAAGUAUGAGUCAUGAAGAAGGGCUGGCGUGAUGGGCUCGAGCAAUGGUUCUCCAAGUGCGGUCUGGGGAAGCUCAAGGUGUCUCUGAGACUUUUUCUGGGGUGUCCACC